ACCAACCACCACCACUACCAGCAGGACCAGUAUCACCCCCUCAACGCUUUCACUAUCAUUAUAACCAAUGCUUACAACUACACCACUACCGCCACCACCAUUAUCACUACACCCACGACGACGAUCACCACCACCACCACCACGGUUUCUUUCUCGACCGCCGCCGUCGCCGCCGCCGGCACUGACAUCCGCCAAGUCAGUAACAACAGUCAGUGUGGUGGACCUUGCUGAUUGUUACAGUACAGAUGAGAAAGAGAGCGGAGCAAUAAGAUCUACACGAAAAUCUUUCACCCUACAAAGCAGAGUUUGUGCUGAAGUACCGAAGCGGGUUUGAUGUGACAGCAGACUUCACUAUGGAGCAAUCACAUUCCAACAUUGCUGAUGCGUCUUAUAAAGUAUUGGUAUUAGGAGAGACGUGUGUUGGAAAGACUGCACUGAUCAACUGUUUGGUUGGGCGAGAGUUUCGCAGCAGUAUGUUGCCCACCAUUGGUGUCGACUUUGUGAAAAAAACAUUCAAUGUCGACGGUGCAAGAAUUCAGCUAGCAGUGUGGGACACAGCAGGACAAGAACGUUUCCGAUCCAUAACAAAAAUGCAAUACCGAGGAGCACAGGGUAUUGUUCUGGUGUACGAUGUGACAAACCCUUCAACGUUUACACAUCUUUCAUACUGGAUGAACAGCAUAAACAACGAAAUAUCACACAGUCAUAAUCAUUUGGAACCAGUACCCAUUGUACUGAUUGGCAAUAAAAUCGAUCUGAAAGACCGAAUUAAAGUUUCUACCAGCAAAGGCAAAAAGUUAGCCUCGAGAGAAAUGGCGUUUGAGUUCUUUGAAACAAGUGCCAAAACCGGUGAAAACGUACAGCUAGUCUUUGAACGGUUGGCAUACCACAUCACAGAUAUUUGCAAUCCCCAGUUGAUGUCGCAAUAUUACCCGAACUUAACCAUUCCAGAAGAGAUAACCAAAGCAGAAUUGAACGACUCACCUCCAUUCAAAGUAAAAGACGACAAAAUACGUAAAUGUGCAUGUUGAACGUUCGACCACCACCACCACCACCGCCAUUACCACCACCCCCUUAACUAUCACCAUCGCGCCGCCAUUGCUCUGAUUAACAAUGUGAGGUUUGGGUAUCUUUAGUUGUUGUUGUUGUCAUUGUUGUCACUCAGGUAGUAGUAGUAGUAGUAGUAGUAGUAGUAGUAGUAGUAGUAGUAGCUGUUGUUGUCGUCGUCCUUGUUAUUGAUAUGUUUGCUGUGGCUGUAAUGCUACUACAACUAGUAGUAGUAGUAGUAGUAGUAGUAGUAGUAGUAGUAAUUUUAAUUUUGUUAAUUGUUGACUUUGUCUUUUAAAAAAAGAAAAUCCGGAGAAGUUAAUAUCAAUAGGGACUAGCUUUCUCUCCAUGCGGAUAUUUCUGAACCAGAUUUUAGCCCUUUACGAGUAUACGUCCCUACAGCCCAUAAAAUAAAUCAUAGAAUCAGCUUUUUAUCUAAAUUAUAAUCUUAGUCAUUUUUUAAGGCUUAGUCU